AUUAGUAGGGAAGAAUGCCACCGCGCGCGCGCAUGGAGUGGCCGGCAGCAAGGCUCGUGCUCGUCCUCGUCACUUUGCUCACGCUUUGGAGCAGCGCCGUUGCCGUUGCAUCGCCACCAGCGGUGGCAUCGGCGGCGCCGGUGAGGGUGGGCGUGGUGCUGGACCUGACGAGCGACGUGGGGAGGGAGAGGCGCGCCUGCAUUUGCAUGGCGUUGGACGACUUCCACGCCGCUCACGCCGGCUACGGCGCCGCGCGGAUCGAGCUGCUCGUACGAGACUCGCGCGGUGAUCUCGCCACGGCCGCACAUGCUGCCGAGGACCUGAUCAAGAAUGGGCAAGUGCAAGCCAUCAUAUGGGGCCCAGAUCAUGUCACACACCUGGGCCAUAGCCGCAACCAACUCCCGUUUCUCUCCUUCCCCAGCAUUUCUCCAACAUCGUGUGCCUUCUGGCUGGAAGAUCCCGUAACAGUUCCUAGGGGCUAUGCCAAGUUUGGCUUUACACUUGGAAAUGACAGUAUAACCUUUCCUAAUCCAGAAACCAAUAGAAGAUACAGAAGAAAACUAGGUGCAAGCAAUAGUUGCGGAGGUAAGGGGCUGAAGAUUGCUGUGCCGCCGAAAAAAGGUUUUCGAGAUUUUGUGAAUGUUACUGAUCCUAAUUCCAAGAAACAACAUGUCACUGGCUACAGCAUUGAUAUCUUCGAGGCUUCUAUGAGGAAUUUACGUCCUCUCCUGUGCUAUGAAUAUUUCGUCUUCAAUGGUACUUAUGAUGAGCUAGUAGGCAACGUGUCUUUGGGGGUCUAUGAUGGUGCAGUAGGCGAUGUGACCAUAACGGCUGAACGAGUAAACACCACCGACUUUACAAUGCCAUACACACAGUCUGGUGUGUCUAUGCUUGUGCUUGCCGUGGAUGAACCCUAUAGAAUCAGUUGGACAUUUGUAAAGCCACUAAAUGGGGAGCUUUGGCUUGCAACCAUGGUCUUUUUCCUCUAUACUGGCUUUGUCGUGUGGAUGAUUGAGCUACCCAGAAAUCAGGAGUACCAAGGAUCAAGUUUGAGACAGUGUAGCACAGCCCUCUACUUUGUUUUCUCCACUUUGACUUUUUCCCAUGGUCAUACUAUUAGAAGCCCCUUGUCAAAAAUUGUUGUGGUGAUAUGGUGUUUUGUGGUGCUGGUUCUUGUCCAGAGCUACACUGCAAGCUUGUCAUCCAUUCUGACUACAAAGAGGCUCCAUCCUUCGGUGACAGAUUUUGAGACGCUCCAGAAGAGUGGUGACUUUGUAGGAUACCAAGAUGAAUCAUUUGUGCGAUCCUUCUUGAUUAAUCAUACCAUCAAUGAAAACAGGUUAAGGAACUACACGACGAAAGAACAAUAUGCUGAAGCUUUGAAGAAGGGAUCCAAGAAAGGAGGAGUAUCGGCUAUCGUUGAUGAGAUCCCCUAUUUAACUUCUUUCCUCUCUGAGAAUCAAUACAAAAAUGAUUUUAGGAUGCUCGGGUGCAUAUACAAGACUCCUGGAUUUGGUUUUGCGUUCCGUCUAGAUUCUGCGCUAGUGCAUAAUCUUUCGACUGCCAUCCUGGACCUAGUAGGAGGGGAUGAGGGCUCACAAAUCGAAGGGAAAUGGUUCGGACAAGCUUCACCUCCAAUGGGUGCUAGCAUGGUCUCUAACAUGGACUCCGCCCCUCUCACUCUCCAAAGUUUCUCUGGUCUCUUUGUCAUCACCGGAUCCAUUUCAACUCUCAUGCUGCUGAUAAGCAUUAUGAGGUUGAUUUAUGCCAAAUGCACUGAGUUUAGAAAGGCUGAUGUGGAAAGUGUCAGCUACAGUGGCACCGACGAUGAGUCCCGUCUGUUGCAGAAUGGCAUAGGUGACAACCCCAGCCCUGGUAUACAAACCUUCCAUGUAGCUGGUAUUGGAAAUUCCGGGGGUGUCCAUUUAAGCGGCGAGAAUGUUGGGGAUGUGGAGCCUGACCCAGUGCAGCAUAAUGGCAUGCAUGGUGGCUCUAUCCCUGAAGGACACAUUCAGAUUGAGAUGCGCAAUGUCUAAGGUGAAGGGAAGCGCCAGAUGCUCAUAGGUACUUCUUUUGUCAUUGAAGCGAUGCGGCAUUCCAAACCUUGGACUAGAUAGAAGUAGUAAAAUAAAAAUCACUCUUUCCUACUCAUUUGGAAAAAAGAGAUAGGUUUCCAGUGAGCAUAUUAUCUUCAGACUGAUACUUAUGUUGUUUUUCAAGUACUACUGAUGUACCUAGAACUUCUCUAAUUCUAUUUAUAAAUAGAUGGUGAUUUAGAUA